AUGGCGACCACCACCAUGUCCCUCUCCUCGACCUUCGCCGGCAAGUCGGUGAAGAACGUGGCUUCAUCAGCUCUCUUUGGUGAGGCCCGUGUCACUAUGCGCAAGACCGCUGCAAAGGCCAAGCCGGUUUCAUCAGGCAGCCCAUGGUACGGUGCCGACCGUGUGCUCUACCUCGGCCCGCUUUCCGGAGAGCCCCCGAGCUACUUGACCGGCGAGUUCCCCGGCGACUACGGAUGGGACACCGCCGGGCUCUCGGCCGACCCCGAGACCUUUGCCAAGAACCGGGAGCUCGAGGUGAUCCACUGCCGGUGGGCCAUGCUCGGUGCGCUUGGAUGCGUCUUCCCCGAGCUUCUUGCACGCAACGGCGUCAAGUUCGGCGAGGCGGUAUGGUUCAAGGCCGGUUCCCAGAUCUUCAGUGAGGGUGGCCUCGACUACCUGGGCAACCCCAGCCUCGUGCACGCACAAAGCAUCCUUGCUAUCUGGGCAUGCCAAGUCGUGCUCAUGGGCGCUGUUGAGGGGUACCGCAUUGCUGGCGGCCCACUCGGUGAGGUAGUCGACCCACUCUACCCCGGGGGCAGCUUCGACCCACUGGGCUUGGCUGACGAUCCAGAGGCAUUCGCGGAGCUCAAGGUGAAGGAAGUCAAGAACGGUCGCCUCGCCAUGUUCUCUAUGUUUGGCUUCUUCGUGCAGGCCAUCGUCACCGGCAAGGGCCCACUCGAGAACCUCGCUGACCACCUCUCCGACCCUGUCAACAACAACGCAUGGGCGUUUGCCACAAACUUUGUCCCCGGAUCUUUGGGGAAAUGGUUUGAUCUGCCCGCUUGCUUCAUGUCCUGGAUGUAG